GUUGCGGCAAGAUAGAUGCGGAUGGUGCAGCGAGAAUGCGCAAGAGACCCGUCUAACCUUGUGAAGGGAGCGAGGGCUCGGCAAACAAAAAGGCGUGUUUUGCAUUCUCGCCGAUGUGUGAUUUUGUCACUCCCUCGUAACAAAAAUGGAUACACUCAGAGUGGGUCUCCGGACUGAUGUGGUAAGAUACGAAGCAUUGGAUUCGCUGAAUGAUGUUGACAUCCAGUCACGAUUGAUGUGCGUGGAAAUACGGCCACAUCAACAACUAUCAAGCUUAAUGGAGAAAACUAAAGGAGUCCCUUUAAGAUGACACUCACCGGACCACCUGACUUAUUGGUAUCAAGUGUGCGUCGAGACAUAAAAGUGAUUCCCAUAACUUCGCUCUCCAAAUCCUUGCAACUCUCCAAAGAAUGUGAUUCUUUAAAUUACAGCACACCGGAAGACAUUAAGAGCAAGAUCAAUAAGCAACACUGCCGUACCUUUGAAUAUAACUCCUUGGAGUACCCAGAACAUCAUAACUACUCAAUGCAUUCCCCGUACAAGAAGAGGCCUGACAGGCACGGAACCAGCCCAGAUAUUGUCUGGAAUGCUCUGGGCCACCAUCAGAGGUAUCGAUUUUCUGCUCCAGACAUUUUCAACCAUAGGUUAACAUCUCAACCAACGGAUGCAAAAAUGAACAGUGCUGUCCCUGAACAAAAACGAAGGGCUCGGUCAAAAAGUGCACCCCGGGUCCAAACUAGUCUCAACCCUAGAUCAUUCGAGUCCUCAUCCUCGGGGAGGAAGGGAAGGGAAUCCCGGUGGACUGUCGGAGAAUCCCAAUGGAGAUCUGAUAUCUCACCUCGUAAGGAGUCGUCCUAUGCAGCAAAUAGAGCUCAUUUCCAUGAAGUGCAUCCCGUUGGACUUGGACUAAGUGAUGACAAUAGAUAUUCACCCUAUUACGCAGCUAAUACUUUUGAAGAGGCAUUGCCAGAUAAACCGGCAACCAGCCCUCAUGUCAGAUGCAGGGUAGACAUUAAACCAAAUGAUUCAGCUUUACAUCACCCUGGACAGAAAAAGCCUACUCCUCCAAUGGACAUCCCCUGGCAGAGGCACCAAAACUGGGGGAGUAGGAGCCUGACUGUGCCCCGUCAUUUCUCUUAUUCGCGAGCACCGACACCCAAUGACUCACUAGGUACAGAGAGUCGACAAGCUUCUCAAAAUUCCUGCAGUUUACCAAAUAAGUACAAACACCAAAUGGAAGUACCUUUCGAAGGAAUGUCUUCUUCUGGGUACGAAAUAGAAAACAGAACUCAUUCCAGUCCUAACAUGCCAUUCCAAAUGUUUUUUGAAGACGAUCCUAGUAGAUAUGUUACCACUGCUCCUCCACGGCCAAGUUCCUAUUUUCACGAUCAAGUUAACGUAGGACAAAGUGCCAAAGUGCAAUAUGUACAUGAUCAAAGAGGUCGAAUAGUUCAGGCUACGGGUGCGAGGCCUUAUUACGGUGAAAUGGAGCACUACCCGUACAGUUUACAGGCUGGCUAUCCAAAAUCCUUUACUGCAAAUGAGCCGGGGCCAUAUAUCAUACAACCACAACCGACAAGAAUAUUUUACGGGGAUGAUCCUAGGUCUUAUCAAAUUCAGACUGCUCCUCCGAGGUUUUAUUAUUCACACGACAUGCAUGCAAUGCCGCCAUUACACCAUAUGCCAGCAAGGGCCCAUUAUACAGACAGCCCCAAAAAUGUGAGAAUCGUUCAGACACAACCAGAUGACUGGUACAGUUCAUAUCCUUCUGGAUAUCCUUCUAAUCCGGUAACCUAUGUGUCUCAAGUCACUCCGACCAGAGCCCAACAAGAAGCUGUAUUGACUCCUUGGUAUUCAAACCCUUCUGCAGAACGUCAAAGAAUAGGAACAGACUCUAAAUCCUACUCAAGAUCGUUGGAUGAUAUUCUCAACUCGCAUGCAGAGAGGGAACAUCCCCCUUCCGUUCAAAGGCAUCAGAGCUAUAACGAUCUAGAUCCAAGAAAACCUGUAGGAGCUUCGGAUGACAAACCACAGCCAGUGGUUGUCAAUCUCUCCACUUCACCAAGACGUUACGCAGCUUUAUCGUUGUCUGAUAACUCUUUAAUCGACCAAAGCCCGCCACCGCCAACGAAGAACACGACUAGCAAACAGUGGUUAGUAACUCCCGAGAUUACAAUCACUGAUAAUGACUUUCGGACUGGGAAUCAUAGGAAAACUGAAGGAAAGUCUGCCAGUUGGGAUAUUCUGGACUCUCGAGACACUGAAGAUCAGCAUGAAAUGAAAGCCUCGAACAAAGAAAAGCCUCAUGAAAACUCCCUUCAGCAAAGCCUUGAACAACUCGAUGAGCUUUUAGCUGAUCUCGUGACAGACUACAAACCUCCCAGUCGAAGGGCAAGCGAGGACAUCCUCGAUCAGCUUAAGAAGCUAAUUGACGAGGAAGAGGCUGUAUCUCUUUCGAGGAAGAGCUCAGAGGCUGUUACGGAGGAACCACUUCCUCUUGACAAGCAGCCAACCUCAGUCAGGUUAAAUCCUGACUCCUUUCAAGAUAUAGAUGGAGCAAGUGAUGCUAUGAAGGGUGCAGAUGAGUGCUCCCCAGAUCAGAGCCCAGAUGAGGACGAUACAAUGAUGUGUUCGAACAACAAAUGCCGCAGAACGGAAACUCUUUUCAACGCUUGCCUUUACUUUAAAUCCUGCCACAGCUGCUACACCUAUUACUGCUCCCGCAACUGCCGAAGAGAGGACUGGGACAUUCACAAAGAGAGUUGUGUUUAUGGUAGAAUUGGCAGCUCGUGUCGACAUAUCAUCAAACAUUGUCGUGAGACUAUUGAAGUCCACAAAGCCUUUUCGCGUCUGGCCAAAGUUGGUUACCUUUCUCGAGGUAGAGGUGUACUCUUCCUCGGUUUCCCAAACACUGUGUCUUCCAGUAACUUUUUGCAGGCAGGCCUGGAUAGUCUACCUAUGUCACCAACAUAUCUGUCCCUAAGAGAGCUUGAAAGUUUCAAGGACAACCUCGGCGAGUACUGCAAAGAGUUGCAAGAAGCUGGAAAAGAAUACGACCCAAAUGAAUGUUUUAUCUUGAAUGUAUCCAUUGCUGUCGGUGAGCAGAUGCCUGACGGACCCUCACCGAGGAACCAAGCUCCAGCAGUCAGAAAAUAUGCAAAGGUUGCUCUGGCUUCGUUUAGCCCCGACAGAAAGAGCCACAAGAAGCAGGGUGAUAUGGAAACCCUGAUCCUAACUCCACCGCCGGGAACAGCGGAUAUUGAUAAGGAGGGAGAAGAAGGCAGAAAGGCCCGAGAAAUCUGUUUCAUCAAUAUUCAACGAGAGUUAAGGAUCCGAGGCGUAUUCUUACGCCAUGAAUACCCGCACGUGUAUCAGCAACUCUGUGAGUUUGUGGAAAACAACCUGAGAUUCACCCCUACUACUAUUUAUCCGAUUGAUAAAAGGACAGGGAAACAGUUUAUGUGCAUGAUUAUGGCUGCGUCUGAGCCAAGGACUUUGGACUGGGUAGGAACUCCGCAUCUUCUUGAUGACAUCAUUUAAAUGCAUACAGUCAUGUGAAAAAUUAGGGCACCCCAUUAAAUAUUCAGUUAUUAAUAAAUGUUCACAUAUGAUGAGGACACCCUACGACCUAAUAGCUAGUGUCACCCCACUUUGGCUGAAAUAACUUCAGUGAGAUGCUUUUUGUAGCCAUCUACCAGUCUUUGACAUCGGUCCGAAGAAAAUUGCCCCACUCCUCAACGCAGAAUACUUUCAACAGUGAGAUGUUUGAGAGGUUUCUUGCAUAUACAGCCCAUUUCAAGUCACCCCACAACAUCUCAAUGGGAUUAAGAUCCAGGCUUUUACUCCGCCAUUGCAGGACUCUCCAUUUCUUCCUUUUCAGCCAAUCCUUGGUGGCUUUACCGGUAUGCAGUGCUUAAUUUGUAAAUCAUAAGGUGCCGGAACGCAAACUACAUAUGACAACGCAGGAAUGACGAGAUGGGCACAGGUCCCGGAACAUACAGUGCCCUCCAUAAUUAUUGGAUUUAUAAUAAUUAUGUGUUUUUUAGCUUCUAAUUUUUUUUUUUUUUUUCAAAAUAAUAUGGGACCUUAAUGGAAAAAAAGAGAAAAAUCCAACCUUCAAUACAAGUGCAUUUAUUCAGUGGGGAAAAAAAUCCCACAUAAAGAAAUAAUUAUUUGACAUCAAAUAAUGUGUGUCACAAUUAUUAGCACCCCUGGUGUUAAUACUUUGUACAACCCCCUUUUGCCAACAAAACAGCACCUAAUCUUCUCCUAUAAUGUUUCACAAGAUGGGAAAAGACAGAAAGAGGGAUCUUCAGCCAUUCCUCUUUGCAGAAUCUCUCUAAAUCAUCCAGAGACCUGGGUCCUCUCCUCUGUACUCUCCUCUUCAGCUCACCCCACAGGUUUUCAAUGGGGUUGAGGUCUGGGGACUGUGAUGGCCA